GAUUGCUUGACCAAUCCACCGGAGGUAUAGAGGCACCUUAAAUUUCAAUAUUAUAAAAACGGUGAAUUAAUUAUAUUUACUAAAUAUUUACUUGCAAAAUUUACAUAAGUAUCGAAAUAUAAUUUUUUGAAAAAUUUACAAUAGUUACAAAUAAUAAAUAUCGAGAUGUGUGAGGAAAAUUCAUACUUAACGAACAACACGUUGCCGAGUGGAAACCUAACCUUACAAACUUUAUAGUGUACAAAUGUAAUUUUCACGUGUUUCACUUGCUUUUCAUUUAAAUUUUAUAUUUCUUGUACAAAAUUUUAAAGAAAUCCCUUUAAAAUGAGUAAUUUUCUUUCUCCAAUGAAAUGCAUUUCUCCUAAUGCAAGGAUUUUAACAGCAAAACCACAAGUGGAACAAACUUUGAGUCUUAAACAUUCUCAAACAAAAGCAAAAAGUAGUAUAACAUGGUUUUUUGUCAACUCAACUCUACUUGCAAUUGUUGUCUUUGACAUAUUGUAUGGAGGAAUGGCGUAUAAACCAUUUUGUUGGAUAGAAUGGUUCUUGGCUUCGAUUUUUGCUUUAAAUGCCCUUUACCAUAUUUUUUCCUACACGGCCACCACUUUGAGUAUUCAACCAGUUGUUCUGAAUCCACCGCAAAGAAAAUUAUUAGGCGUUGCUGACGAUGAUCCAUUGUUUAAAACUGAAACUCUAAAAGUACAAAAAUCCUUGGAACCAAGUUCACCACUAAAUUUGUCCUGCAUGAAUUUAAGCAGGAACUCUAACAGUUUAGGAUCUCCGAUACUUAACGAGAGCAAAGACUAUUCGAGUGCGAAUCCUUUCUGUAAAUAUGGUAAUUCGCCAACGCCUAGGAAAUUAUUGAGUGCAAAUAGUUCUCUCAAUAAAUCACUCAAUACGUCGAUGAAUUCAAGUUUUGCCGGCGAGGACUUUAUACAAGAUCAGGUGGAAUUGCAAAAUUAUUUGAAAGAAGUUGUCAAUAGGGAGAGAAAAUCAACUCAUUCGACAAACGUCGAUCAACCGUCAAAUCUUUUGAGUUCAUUUUGGUCUCAUCCUGCAACACGAAGCCCCAGGGAAGUUUCGCCAAUGUUAAGAAGAUGUGCCUAUCAACUCGCACCCACAAUUGAUAAAUCAAAAUCAACAAGUCCUGGUGCAGAGGAGGGAAAUAUGACACGAUCGUUUGGUUCACCAGAUAUAUGGAGAAAAUAUAGAAUAGAUGCUAUUAAAGUAAAUCAAUGGACCGCAAAUCUUCGUGUGUGGAUCAGUAAAACGGUAGUGGAACGAGUUGCAAUCGAAAUUGACAACGUAUGCUCCGGUCUUGUUCGUCAAGGUCUCAGUGAUUCUCAACCAGGUCACAUUGGAUUAGAUAAACUCAGAAAAUUGGCGCAAUCAUCUCUUGCUUCCGCAAUUCCAACGCUUCCGACUUUGGUACCAUUUUUGGAACUCUGCAACAAUCAAGAUUAUUUAGUAAAUAGAAUCAAAAUUCUUGCUAAGGGAGGAUCAAUGAGCGAAUUUAAAUGGAAUGGUGGAGGUUCGUACAAUGGAAAAGAAUGGGACUCGAGUUUACCAACAGAUACAGCAAUUAUAAUGCAUCUGGUUUCAACCUAUAUGGACACACAAUUAGAAGCUCCUUUGGAUCAACCAGACGCUCGUUCAUUUACCUCGAGAUACACGGCAAAAAGUGGAAUUGAAUUGCCUCGAACAAAAGGACCGAUAAUCGUUUGUCAAUCUGUAAUUCCUCCAAAUUAUUGUCUAUCGCUUACUGGCGAUUCAUUAGCUGCUGAUUACGAAGAAAUUCCAAGGGGGAGGAAUAAUAUGUUUCACACUCUUUUACUCUUUCUCUAUAUUGUGAAGACCCAAGAUCAUGGAAUGUUAGGACGUGUUAACCUCGGAAUGUCUGGUGUAAACGUUCUUUGGGUCAUUGAUGAUUGAUACACUUAACAAUGACGUACAACGUAUGAGCGAGAAUUGAUAAUAUUCAUCGUUGUGAUAAUGUAAAUUACAUUGAAAUAAUUGAAUUUUUCAGGUACUAAAUAUUUUUUUAAAGAUUAGUUUCGUAAAGUAUAUUAAGUAUUUAUUUCUUUUUUUUAAUCUAUUUUUGCUACUGGAGAGAAUAAAGUAAACGAUUUACAUUA